AAAGUCACAUAAUUUAUUUAUUCUUCGUUCACAUGAUUUUCUUUUGAGUUCCUUUUCUUUUUCUUGAGAGCCAAACAAAUGUUUUUAACAAUUUUCCAGACCAAGAACACCUAGCAAAAGACAACAACAACACUAUAACCAAAUGCAAACAUGUGAUCCUAAUGAUUUGACUUCCAACAAAAUUAUAAAAAUAUUUUAUUUAUAUAAAUAAAAAAGUUUCCAUUUUUCUUAGCUAAAGAUGAUCUCCAAACCCCUAUAUAAAAACCCAACUUCAAGCCAUUUAAGAAUCAUCACUUACAAACUAUUUCAUUUCAAAUCCAAUAAAAGAAAAAGAAUGAAGAAGAAUUCAAUCUCCUUACUUCUUUUCCAUAUUACCCUUUUCAUUCUACUCCAAUCCCAUUACUGCUAUGUUCUUCCUUUAAAUGAAGGCAAUGAUUUGAUUGAGCAAACCUGUAAAAAAACACCCCAUUAUGAUAUCUGUGUCUCUACCCUUAAAUCCAACCCAGAAAGCUCUGAUUCUGAUCUAAGAGGACUUGCCCACAUAAUGGUUGAUACUGUUCUCUCAAAAGCAAGUGACACUUUAAAUUUCAUUAGAGCUUUGCUUAAGCAAGCCCCAGAUGAAAAUUUAGAGAAAUCUCUUGCUUACUGUGCUGAACUCUAUAUCCCAGUUGUGAAAUACAGUCUUCCUCAGGUCAUUGAUGCUUUGACUGGAGGCCACUUUGGUUUUGCCAACUAUGGUAUAUCAGAUGCAGCCAAGCAAGCCCAAGCUUGUGAGAAGACUUUUUCAGGUUCUGACAAGUCUCCUUUGGCUGAGAAGAACACUCUUCUACAUGACCUUUCUGAAGUAGCUGCAGCCAUUAUCAAUAUCAUACUUAAAGAUUGAAUCUUUUCUUCUUUUCUUUCAUUUUUUUUCCUUCUUUGUAAUGGUGAAUAUAUUCUUGUUUUUCUUUUCUUCUUACCAUCCUUUUCUUUGUUUAGUUUCUUUCAGCCAUGGAUUAUUUGAGCUCUUUUGUUAUUUUCUAGAAUUUUGUUGUUGAUGAAUGUGAGGUUGAGUUGGUUUUAAUACAAGUGGUGGGGUUCUCUCUAUAGUUCACAAGCAUUUUCUUAGUGGACAAGAGAGGUUUACCAAUUAUCUUAUUGGC